GUGCAGACCGGCAGAGACUUGGACACCAGGAAAGAGAGAAGGCUUCCAGAGGAGGUGUCAGCAUGCCAUCUGCUUUCCAGUUUCAAUGCCACUUCGUUCUCAUCUUCCUGGCAGCCUCCAAGGGGGAAACCAGAUACCUAGAGGUGAGGGAUGCUGGUGAAGACGAGCCCUUUCUACUCCUCAGUGAAGAUUUGAAACGAGAGCUGUCUGCAGGGCAGAUCUACCGGCGGUCACUCCGCUGCAUCGACAUGCUGAGUACAGAGGGGCAGUUCACCUUCACUGCAGAGCAGCCGCAGCUGCAGUGUGCAACUUUCUUCAUUGGGGAGCCUGAGGAGCUCAUCAUGAUAGACUAUGACUUUGUAAACAUCGACUGCCAAGGGGGUGAUUUCCUGAAGGUAUUUGAUGGCUGGAUACUCAAGGGAGAAAAGUUUCCCAGUUCCUUGGACCAUCCGCUUCCCACUUCCCAAAGAUAUGUGGACUUCUGUGAAAGUAGCAAUACUCAGAGGAGCAUCAGGUCAUCACAGAAUGUGGCAAUGAUCUUCUUCAGGAUUCACCAGCCAGGCAAUGGAUUUACUGUCACAGUCAAGAAAAACACCAACCUCUUUCCUUGCAAUGUCAUCUCUCAGACUGCCUCAGGAAGGUUCACCAUGGUCAUUCCUCAUCAGCACAGAAACUGCAGCUUCUCCAUAAUCUACCCAGUGGUGAUAAAAAUAUCUGAUCUCAUCCUGGGUCAUUUAAAUGGACUCUUUUUAAAGAAACCAUCAGCAGGCUGUGCAGGAGUCGGAGACUUUGUAGAGCUGCUAGGAGGUACUGGCUUAGACCCAUCCAAGAUGUUUCCACUAGCUGAUCUCUGUCACUCCUUUCAUGGGUCUGCCCAAAUGAAGAUUGGCUGUGACAAUACCGUGCUGCGAAUGGUCUCCAGCGGCAAGCACAUCAACCGUGUGACAUUUGAGUAUCAUCAACUCAAUCUGCAGGAAACAGAAGACAGAAAGGAGAACAAUAUUGAGGAAUUCUGCUUUCCUAGUAUCUGAGAAAGCAGGACACAUAGGUUCACAUAGCUAAUGAAAACAAUGUUUUGAUGCAUUAAGAAUUACUUUUUUCCUUUAACCAUCUAAUACUAUCAAGCCUUUCUAUGGUACAGAUUCCUUUUUUUUUUUUCCAUAUAAAUCAGUCAUUCCCACGAGCAAGCAAGAAAAAAAAAAUCAAUAUAUUAAUCUUUGUUAAUAUCAUUAUAUUUUUUCUGCAGUAUUUAAGCUAAUUUACUACAUCCAAAAACCAGCAGCAAGAAGAGGAGGCUACAUUUCCCAUACAAAUAUCCUUGAUAUCCUUUUUCAUCAAAUAUAAACAAAAAAAUAGAUGGUGGAAUACCCUUCCAGUUUGCAAGAGGAAACCCAGCACUAGUGUGUGUAAAAGCUACUGGUUUGUUUAUGAUUAUAAAUGUACUAUUUAUUUCUAAUGACAUGUUUUUAAUAAAAAUUUAUAGCAUGGAAACUUCCUUACACAAAUCCAAACAUAAAUAAAUGCAUUCAAUGA